GUUCAAUCAAUUAAAAUCCUAGUGAAAACAAGGCAGUUAAGAUUAUUGCAGUUAAAAGUCUAAUGAAAGCACUCAACUAACCACUGGCACUUGGUGAGAAACAGUAAGGAAUCAAAGUGUAUCACAACAGAGGAAGGGACUGGGGACGAAACACCACCAACUCGACACCAAAAAACCCCAAACAUAUCCAAACAGACCGUACUGUUUGCACAGACAUGUAAAGAUAAAAGGUAGAGAACAAGAUCCAGAAUCAGCAAACCCAACAAACCCAACUAUACUCAACUGUAACUAUGUUAAGAUUCCAAAAAACACUCCAAAAAUGACUAAUCAAAAAGAAAGUUAACAGCCCUCUGCAGAAAACUACAAUUACCACUCUCUACCACUCCACUCCUCUACCACUAAUUUCCACUCCUCUAGUACCUAGGGCAGCAACUGACCAUUUUCACAUGCCCAAGAUACUAUCCCAAUUUUCUCUAGUCAAUGCACAGUUGUUCCCCAGCACACUUAAAAGUUACAAAUGUGGGGGGUUUUGUUGUUUUUUUUUUUUUUAAUGCACCUGCACAUUUGCACAACAGCAUACUACAAACACUUGGGGAGUUACUGGCUGCCCACAGACUCCAUCUAUAAAAAUAAACUCAGAACUACUCUGGUAGUUAUCUAAUGAGGGUUACAAAAGCUCCUAUGCCCUUUGACUUGAAUGCAGUUCUCAACUUUUUCCAAAAUUAAGGUCUUCUGUAAGUGAUGGGCUUCUCCCCUUUACUUUUCUUCCAUGGGCAAGCACCCUUUUGUAACUGUUUGACAAAUCUUAGCUGCAAUUGUUGACCCUUAUUUCAACCUCAGAGAGGAAAAUAAUGUAAUUGUAACCUACACAGAGGGAGGCAUCUGCUUCCUAAAUGCUCACAACCCAACUUUUUCCUUAUGGAAACGCUUGUGGAGUACUUGGCCACACAGAAUCAAGUCUCCAUACUUGAAAGUAUUGCCUAGACCUCAUACUUUUCAACCAGACAACUUAAUGAGCGACAUGAUCUUGAGAAUUAAUAUACUACAGAAUAAUAAUAUAAAAAUAAAAUCUAAAAAAAAAACCAAAAACCCCAAAGAUUUGCUUUACAAAAAGAGCCCAAAAAACACUUUUCUAUACAAUAGUGUUCAUAACAAUCUUUACAGAGUCCAAUAGGUUGGACAGAAAGGUUACCACACAAGAACACACUUGGCAGCUAAGGCUCUGACAUUUUUGUCAAUAUUAUCAGACUUCUUUUAUCAGAAUUGCUUUCUGUAAUUGUUUGUAUACAUGUUUGACUGAUUUUGAGAUUUAUUACUUUUUCUCACUGUAACCAUCACAUGGCUGAAACACAGCAGAGGUUAGCUAUGCAGAAGUUAAGAGCUCAGUCUUCAGAAACACAGAAAAUCAAUUUACACUUCAGGAAUACUUAGUCAUCAAGACCUUCAAUAUAAAACCAAGAACCAGAUCACCAAAACUCUGCUCUAGAAAUUAAUCAACUUGCUCUCUUCAGCCUUGAACUGAGAAAAGACAAGUCAAACCUGAUACACUGCAUGACCAUGAGCCCUAUGAAUUAACACACCUCCUUUUUUGAAAACCAGUAGAUCUCAAGGUCGAUAAAAGCACAAAGUAAACAAAUUGCCCUCAGGGGUGAUGAACUUAGGUUCCAUACACAAGACAAAUGCUCAAAAAUUAUAUCAACAUAAUACAACUUUCACAAUCGUUAAAUACUCAUUUCCUUUGAAACAGUUCUCAGGAGAGAUAGAUUUGAUAUGAUUUGUAAAUACGCUGAUGACUUAAGAUUGCGUAGCACAAAAACCGGGAAACAAAAUGGCACACAACAAUUUCGUACUCACCUUUCCACCCCACCCUCUACCCUCCCCAGUUACAACAGAAUUUUCCUUCCACUGCCUUCAACUGAUUUGCAAGUCCCCAGGCUGACACCAAGAGGACCAAUCCUCCUCCACCUCCUAUUUCUGUUCCUUCUACUGUGCUGACUUAGCUGCUUGUGUUGACACACAAGUCUACUGAGAAAAUCAUUCUGGUUUUUUUCAUUUGGUUCUGACUUACAUCAGUUUCCUGAUUCUACUCUGUCUGUAUAGCCACAGGAGUAACUCAGCCUGGCACAAGGGAUGCAAACAGGAUACUGAAGUAAUAACCCCUUUCAGUGACAACAUUGUCUUAGUUCAGCCUAAAUUGACCAUGAUAUCAUAACCCCCAUGUCUAGGGCUGAAGGGUUUAAAAAACAUGAGCAGAAAGACUAAGAAAGUCAAAUACAAGUCUUAACUCAACAUUUCUUAAGGGGAAGAAAAUCACAUUCUUUUAUAAAUCAUGUAAUAGUUCUCUAAGUAAAAAUAUGGCCACUCAUGGCUUACAAAAAUCCAGCUGGAUUUAGUUGUGCACAGAUUCGGUUAGAACAGUUUUCAACUGUAUUUUCAAUUCUUCAAAACCUAGCCAAGGCUUUAAUUUUCAGGGCAGGUUUCUUCUCUUCUACCAGCCCGUAAAUUUUUGUAUUUUCACUAUUUUCAUAAAGCCCUGAGAUCUACUAUAUUUCUACAAAACUGACAUUUAAACAACUCUGGGUUCCCUCUACACCUUGGCCCUCAGUUGCAAGUAAGAGUACCACCACACCAACUUGCUCAGCUUUAUUAUGAAAGUGAAUUCAGGGAGCUUUGAGAAAUAGUUAGAGUGACACAUACUUUGUAUUUGUGCAAGGAUGCAUUAAAUAAUGCCUGAAACUAGGCAAGAUAGAAUUCAAGGAUAAAAAGAAUUACUGAAUAGACACUUGAACAGUAUGGAUCCCAGGACAAAGAAUUGUCUGGGGUUAAAAAACUACAAAAUGCACAUAAAGAAAGAAACAAAUAAAAAUUCUAACAUGUAAUAUUCUACAUUUUGCAAACUUCGUAUUGUUUUAAUAGCAAGCUGCAUUUAAGAUAUACAUGCAUUUUGUAGUUGAAAGGGGUUUCAUCUUUUAAACAGGAAGUCUGACCAUACUCAAAACAGUCAACAGUCUUUCAUGGAAACUCUAAGACCUCAAACAAGAAAUUUUCCCUUAAAUUACAGGAAUAAUUAAAAUCACAUCUCACUGAUACUCCACAUCCCUAGUAUUCAAUUAUACUGUUUGAUGAAAGUGUAAUAGAAGAUUUAAAGUAGUUUACUAAAUUACUUACACAUAACUUUAAAUUAUUAGAAAUAUUGUAUAUCAUUUGGAAACUCACAUAUGAAAGUUUAAAGGAAAAGUUUCCUGGGAAGAAAAUGAGGAUUUUUCCCCCCUCUUAUUUUGAAAGAAACUCCUAAAAUUUCAGAAUUAUUCCCUACACUUCAUACAGCACCAAGCAUGGUAGCAUUCACAUUAAAAUUGCACUUUAUUGCUUAAACUGCCCAGAAAAGCUGGACAAACUUCACGUUGAUCAAAUGUAUUUCUCUAAGCCAUUGAGCAAAAUAGAAGGAACUUAUAACAUUUUGGGAAGGUAAAAUUGCAUAUGUAACCUAAAGGUUAUAUAGUAGUUAGGAUAUCCAUAUAAGAUUUGACAGUCUUAUUUUCUCAAUAAAUUCUGACAUGCUGCAUUUAAAAUACUUGUUGAACAUCUCAAACCUAGUGAAACGUAUUAAAGGGAAAAAGAGGCAUCAAAGAAACCUGGAUGGUAAAGCAUGGAAGACUGAUUAAAAGCCUUCUCUUCCACUGUUGAAACACGAACACUUUCCCAUACAACUCAAACAAUCAAAUUCUAAUAAGUUUACCAAUACAGGACCACACUCAGAAAAAUACUUUCUUUCCAUUUCAGUUCUAAACAUUGUUAACUCUUAGUCUCUGUAAAUUUAUUUUGAAAAAACCUCAAUUGUCUGUGAAGUAACGCCAGCUAGGCACUGCUUGUGCUUGUUUUUCUAAAGUUCAUUCAGACUUCUAGGAGGAAGGUAGGAAAGGCCUGCAGUAAUUUUGAAAGAAGUGCAAUACACUGAAACUACUCCGUGCACACAUUAAGUGUAUGCUUAUCCUAGUGGGGCACGUCACAAACCUCAAAACAACAGGAACAUUUUAUCACACAAUAAUACUAAUCUAAUAUUGAUUUUUAGAUGCUUAUUAUGCUGAAAGUGAAGUAGAAUGGUUUUGGAAAACUAAAAAAUACUGGGGAGGUGGAAGAUUUGACUCUGAACAGUCAUUUAAGAGUGAACACAUCUGUGCAGCUAUCAAGUUCCAGUUCCCAUUCACAAAAAGGAAACUGAAGAUAAGAGAAGCCUUCACCUCCAGUUUUCAACAAACACAGUUUGAAACUUCAACUCCUUCAGUACAACUAAAAGCAUGAGUUUUAGUGCAUUCUUACAGAUCUGAUUAUGUUUAUGUAUUUAUUGUGAAUGCAAUUAAUCCUUAAAACUGUCAACUGAGGACUAAAAGAGACAUUGACUACUAUAAAUAAAUAUAUAUAAAUAAAUAAAAAUAAAUCUUUAUUUUGUAAAUUAAAGUCUUGAGAUUCUCUCUCUAGUAAGUUACACAGUACAAUAGAUGUCACUGGCAACAUCAGCAUCAUACGUGUUUCAAAUACAUAAUACUCUUAAAAACCCUGUAGAAUAAAAAACAACUGGAAGACAAAACAAUAUAGAAACAACACCUCAUAUAUUAACAGAAGAUCUUCACUUCGUAAAUAAGCUCAGGUUGAAGAUGUGGGAAAAAAAAAAAGAUUUUAACAACUGGUUAAUAGCAGUGUACAUUUGAACAACAUUUGCAAAUAAAAAAGGUAAUUUUCUGCACAACGUUAUGAACAGUCAGUUAAAUACGGGGAUAGUGAAUUACUACACUUAGAGCAGCAAAGCUAAAAUGUUUCCUGAAGGUUAUAUUUUUUUACAGAUCUUUUCCAUUUGAGCUGAUGAUCCUUUCUCACUCCUCAAUUCAUACUUUUUUCAAAGACUCAAAUGAUCAGCUUCUGAUAGCUUGUUAAAAGCAAAUCCUAACCACUAGAAAAGUGACAUACCGGAGCAACUUUUGGACAUGAGCAGCAGAAACAAGAAACCCAGCUAGCUCUAAGGAGGUUAAUGACACAGCUGACAUAUAAGAGGAUUUACUCAUGCGUAAGUCCCCAUCAGACUGCAGAGGGUAAGGCAAAGACCAGGCUCACAAAACUUUCUCCUUUCCUUAACCUGUCCUUCCUCUUUCCAACUCUCACCACACCAGUCACAAUCAAAGGUUUGCCUCUUCACUACUGUCAAGUUUAAUCAACUUCUUCAACCAACUCAGAGAAAAUCCUCUUCUGUGGUAGGGUCAAACUUGUAAGUUACAACUUACAUUCAGCAUAUGACUGCCUUCAUUCUGUCACUCUUCCUGAGAAUUUUUUCACUGAAUAAUUUUUUUCUUAGGAUUUUUACAGCCACUCUCUUAACCAAAGUGGUAUUUAAAACAGUACAGUAACAAAACUCAUACAAUUCAUAAUUGUUUUUUAAAGUCUAACAACCCUCUAAACAUCAUGGUUUGUAAACAAAAUAAACCAACUCUGUCCAUAAACUUUUAUCUAGUACAGAGAAGCCAGUGGAUGUGAGGGGAAAAAAAGAGACCUACAAGUCCAAAAGAAGUAAGAAGGCACUAAAAACAAUGGAUUCACUCUCUGGUAGCAUUCUCCUCAAGGACUAAAAUGUACAAGUCUAGAAACUGGAAAUUAUAAAACCUCUUUUCUGAAUAACAAAUACAAGUGCCUUGGGAGUUUAUCACUCAUUGACCACUCUUGUAGUAGUGUUCUUCAUGCAAGAACAGGCUUAUAAUUAGUUUCAGUUUAAAACUUACCAAACAAUGAGCACAGUUUAAUUUAUAAAUUAGUUGACCUUUUCAAUUUCAGUCCCAGAGAUACUCCUUCAGAAAAGUAAGCUCCUGCCUAGGAAUGUGUAAAACAACUUUCAUCUUCCUGAAAGCACAUUCUACUCUGUAACACCCAAUUAUAACAUUAACUUCAGGAAAAGUGAAAAUAAUCUGGUCAUUAUCAUCAACAGACGGUAAAAGAACUACCAAAAUAUUCCAUGCCACAAUGUCAGAAUAACAGUCACUGUCCCUAUAUAUCAGCUCUCCCUCUCCCCAAAAUCAGACACCAGACCAGAGAACCAGCAAAUUUUAUCUGAAGGCCAUUAACCAGGCAUUAUUUCUUUCUUCAACUGACAGUUAACAGGAAUGCUUGGAGCCACUACAUAAUCUAAGUAGACACAAAUGCUCAUUUUGACUUCAAAAAAUGCUCACUCAUUUUUAUCUCCAAGUUUUUUUCACCAGUAUCAAUAUAAUUCUACUGAGGAAUUACAGUCUUUCCAUUCAAAUAUCAAAUGCCAUCACACAAGAUAAUCAAACAGCCAAGUAAAACACAGGCAGCAAAAGUAAUUCUUACUAGUUAUAAGCACCUAAUAUGCUAUGAAGUGUCUGAACACUGUAUUUUAACUGCAUUUCUUAAGCAGGUUAAGUAAUCCAUGAAACAUGUCUGAAAGCAAGCUCCAAAGAUAUAAGGUAGUCAUGUUCCCAAUAAUAAUUUAAGAAAGCUCUGCAAACAAACACAAAUUAAAUCAAUUCCCUUUACAAUUCAGACUGACAAUAUAAGUAUCCUCCCCCAAAGAACUUCCUGAAGUUCAAGUCACAAAGUAAAACUAAUAAUCCUCAAUCUGUUUUCUUAACAGACUUUCUAUGGAAUUUUAAUUUGUUUCACAUCAGUUCUUUCAAUAAAUAAAAUAAAAAUUUAAGUGUUCAUAUGCCUUUUACAGAAAAAAAGUUUAUACAAGAUGUUAGGUGAUCACCCAUUGCAUGAUGUGUUUAUCCAGCUGUGCAUUGAAUAUUUUGUCCAGAACAAUCCUCUGAGAGACAGUAUCAAAUACUUAACUGAAAUCCAAAAGGAUGACAUCAGCUGGCUUUACCUGAUCAACAAGGUGGGUUACCCAGUCACAGAAGGAAAUCAGGUGUGGUAAGCAGGACUUUCAUGAAGCCAUGCUGGCUGUGACCAGUGACUGUGUUGUCUUUCAGGUGUUUUUCAAUAGCUCCCAGAAUAAGCUUCUCCAUGAUUUCACCAGUCACUGAAGAGGGACUGACAGGCCGGUUGUGACCAGGGUCAUCCUUCUUGAAAACUGGGUUGUUAGUCAGCUUCCAGUCAAAUGGCACAUCUCCAGAUGUCAGCCAAAAAUUAGCAUUUUUUCACAAAUGAAAAGGAAUUCUUACUGGACUAUCAUUUGGUAAGAAAUUAUUGCAGGUUUGCACUUCUAAAAUCCAUUAAGUCAUGGUAUUUUCCAAAUGUCUGUGCUGGAAAAAGCCCAGAACACGGCUUCAACACCAAUGACAAAAGCUGAUUCUUGUUGAAAAUACCAGCUAUCAACUCUAAGUAUUCCCUCAGUCAAUUAACAAGACUGUAUACAGCAUUUCCUAUGUAAAUUUUCUACUUUUAAAUAUUCUGUACAUUAUUCCAGUAUGAACUGCGUAAGAGAUGCAAAGCUUGUGAGCAGUACCUUCUCUACAGAAAAACUAAUGAAAACAGACACAGACAAGCUUGUGGACAAGUAUGAGUCAAGUCACCAGGUUCAACAACCAAUGGUAAAAUACCCUGUAACCACAGAUUACAUAGUAUUUCAAACACUUGAGAAAUACUCUUGGCCAUCACAGGCCAUGUCACCACAGUGCAGCAUGUAUUCUGAAAACAUUUAGGACCAUCACUGAUGUCAUUUAUUAAUGACAUGUUCUACAUAAAGUAAUGCUAAAAUAAUGACUAAAGAAAUUUCACUUCACUUUGAAGUCUCCGAAGUAGUUGUCUGUCCAGACCCAAACUCUCAUAUUUAACCACGCAACAAUAAGCAGAGAUUAAAAAGAAACUGUUGAAUAUGCUUUUAUCUUCUCUCUCUAUUACUGAAAUACAAAUAAUAAAGGUGCUCAAAAUCUCAAAACAGGUCUGCAACUUUCACAUAAUUCACAUAAUGCUAUGGAAUGAUCCCAACUUACAGCACAAACUGAUUGCAAAAAACAGACUGAAGUGCAAUGAAACCAGAACAACUGUAAGGAAAAUUCUUCAACAAAGGUCAGGAUUACUUUGCAAUUGUUGAGUAUUAGAAAAUACACCACAAAGGCUCUUGUGCAUUUUCUUCUACCUUUAAUUUUUUAAGAACAGCUUCCUGCCCAGGACAGGCAUACUCAACAAUCCAGCAACAAACUACCAAACUACUUGUACUUUGAUACUUGCUAUCCAUAACCUGUUGAGGUCUCUGCUUUAGUUAUUAAACAAAAAGGUCAUUGCCUGUCUUAGUAGACACUAGCUAUGUUAACUACAUUCCACCCAUUACAGUAGAGAUAGCACUGGCUUCCUUCUCAUUUAACCAGGAAACCCCUUAGUUCCCUCAGUUCCAAGGGUCCAGAUCUUCAUUUAAGUCUAAUGCCUUAAGAAAAAGCAUAAGAAGAACAUACAAACUCAAUAGCAGUAGAUUGGACUACAGAGCUUCUUGUGAAUCCACUUGAAUUUUCUCUGUGUCUCCAUGCAGAAAGGAUUCAUGAAUCUUCAAUGUAUAAAAAUAAUGUCAGUAUGUUUUACACUUGUUGCCUGAUUAUUUCUCUGGCUGUUCUACCAAAACAAAAUACAAGAACUCCAAAAAACAAAAGAUCAAAACAAAACAAAACCAACCCAAAAAAUACCCACACAAAGAACGCAAGAAACAAAAACAAAAAGCAGUUACCCAGCUUCACACAUAUAUCUAUCACAUGCUCACUGGGAUUUAUUUUUUUCUAAGUGAAGUUCCAGUCUGCUGUGUCAUACCCCUUAAAUUAAACUAUUUCCUACUGUAAAUCUAAAAACCUCUGAAUAGUCUAAAACUCAGUGAGACACCUAAUAAGGCUACCUCUCAGACUGCUUUCUGAUUUAGCGAGAAGACUGAAUUCUAAAUGGAUCAAUCUUCAAGAUGUUAUUUCCAGACCUCAAACUGGUUUUAUGUCAAAUUUUCAGCAUUCUUUUCAAAAAUGUUACUAAACAAUGAGAAAUUAUAUUACAAUGUUGAUUCUGCCAGAUCUGCACAGAUCACAAGACAGAAAUCACCUCCCAGUUUCUUUAUUUGUAACUCCCUUAUAGUACUUGUAAGCCAAGGAUCGUUCAGGGGUUUUAUUAAUUUCUUUUAGCAGGAAAUUCAGCACAAGUUCAUCUUCAGCUGCAGUUGCUCAUUCUGUCACUAUAAUCUCUAUUUUCUAUAUUCCUCCUAAAUGCAUGAAUCUUGCAAAUAACAUCUUUGAAACAAAACCCAGAAGUAGUUACACACCUUGGACUAGCACCACCUAAAAGGAUUCACCCAUAGUCUUUUAAAAUGCUUGACAUUUUUGGCAAUACAUUUUGCUAGUAAAAGAAAUUUCUUUCUAAUAAUGUGACAGCUACAACCAAUAAGACUAAUUAUAUAUACACACCAAAAGACAGUAUUUGAAUUCAGUUAAAUUAAAAGUAUCUUUACUGUUAGCACCACUGUAUUGGUGUAUUAUUCCAUUAACAUGAAGCUACUUUUGACAAAGUGCCACAUUUGGAGCUUCGUUAGAUAGUUAAUACUAAAUAGAAAUUAGAAUAUUAAGCUAAUUCUCUUUACUAUUAUUAGUAUUUGUAGUACAAGAGCACAUAAGUAAGAGUGAAGCUGUACACUUUGUAGUGUGACAGGCUCUUAUGGUCACUAUAGAGCUGGAAAGGAAAGGAAGGAAUUGCAGUGUGGCAAACAUCCUCAAGAACGUACCCUUCCUCUCCAAAAUCAGGAACACCUAUUUGUUAUUUAGGAAUAAAGACAAAAGCAUAAUCUACAGCAGAUUGUCAACACAGUGAUCUAACUGACUUAGGCUGUUCUAGUGAUGAACACUCAUCUUAGUGCUCAUCAGCUGCAGGUCAGUAGCACACAUUCCUAAGGGACCAAGAACUAAUAAAGUCUUUAAAUGUAAGAAGCUAUACAUAUAAAAAUAUAUAUACAUAUAUAUAAAAUAAUAGAAUCUUACAGAAUGUACAGAGCUUUGCAUUAAGGCAACCACAACACCAACAAUAACAAAAUUUAAUAUAAUCAAGUUAAUGGAAUUGAAGUUAUGGAAGAGUAAGACAGUUAAAAUAAAAGUGUGUAAGGCAGUAUUUUCAGUGAGGCAUGACAGAAAGUUGACAAGGAGCAGGUAUUUUGCACCUCCUAAACGUUAAUCUGGCUUCCUGGCACAGAACAUCAUCAGCACUGUCUAAUUUAUACCACUUCAACAGGGAGUUAACAGAGACAGUAGUCCUGCCUUCUACCAAUACAACUAUACUAAACUUUCUGAAGAUAUGAAACAGAAUAGGUGUCAUAAAAUUCAUAAACCUGUUUAAAUGCUCUGCUUAAACCUUCUUCCCAGACUUCUGCUUGCCAAAGGAGGGUCUUUUCUUUUCCCAGGGUCUCAAGGUGUAUAGCAGGAUUUUGUUCGGGCACUCUUGGGUUUCAUCCUCCAGGAAUGCAAACCAUCACAGUUUCAAGUUAAAUACUGGAGUCAAGCAUUCUCCAGCUUCUUAUAAUGGUCACUGGCAUAAAGUCAAGGGACUUUCUUUGGUUUUUUUUUUUCUUCUAGGAGGAGUACUAUAGGAUCAUCAACCUCAAAUUUGGUAGCAGUUAAGGAGUGACCAUAUUUUGAGUGAAAAGAAAACAAGGUGAACAACUGGAAGAAAUUUUAAUGCAAUCAACCCAUUUAAAUAUAUAUAAAAUCAGAAAGACCUUCAGGCAUCUGGACUUACUGAAGGUCAUUCUCUAUUUCAGGAUCAUUUCAAUUAGCAUUCAGAGAAGCACGUUUUUUUCAGAAUGUUACAGCUAACACAGGCAGGAUUUUUGCAUACACAGUAACUUCAAAUAAACCCAGGAAUGCACUUCAUCUCUCAUCAAGUGGAAUUUGUUCUGGAAUCAUAAAAAUGUAUUUUUACCUUUAAUUGCCAACAGCAGGCUACCUCUAAUCAGACAUUUUUAUAAAGAUACUAUAGCGGAUACUGUAGAAGAUUCUGUAGAAAAACCUACAGACUACUUAAAUUUAUGCUGUACCUUCAGGACUGGUCCUGAAGAACAGCCAGCUUCAUAACUGGCUCUUAAUACCUGUUGAAGUUGCACUGAUAAAGGCAGAAGAUAUCAUUAAACUAAAUAUCCUGCUGAGCUUGGCUUAGGAUAAUUCAAGAACAGUCUGAGUGACAAGGAGUAACCGUCAUCCAAUAGGCAAACAGAGCUCUUGCAAGUCAUACCUUUCUCCUGAAGAUACAUGAAACCACUGGAGGAUCCAACUUCCCUAGCCACUCUCUUCAUCAGAAAAAAUAUAUCCAUUAUCACCUUCUCCUAAUUUCUUAAAUGACAAGAAGGAUCAAGAACACCCACCACUACCUCAAAACCUACUUUCAGCACGAAACAAAUAAUUAUACCCACAGAUACUUCAACCCUCACAAAAAAUUCUCAGAAAUGAGAAUUCCCAAAGAGCUAUUAAAUAUGUAUAGGUAUAAUUGCAAUGAAACUAAGAAGUAAAAUGCAUGCCCUGUGUUUAAAAAAAGAAGUAAUUCUUCAGCAGGAAGUGUUAUAUAACUUAUCUGCCACACACUUCUACACUCUGCCUAAAAGAAAACCUCACCAGAGUAACUGUUAUAAAAUGACAGUUCUAUGCACUGAUUCUAAGUAAGAGUAUUAUUAUUGCAAGUAAUCAUUUAUGAAAAGGUAAUUAUUACACAGUAAAAAUCACUUUUAUACCAAAUGCUGCUAGAAGGGAAUUAUUUAGAAACAAUAUUCCAGAAAAAGUUACACAACUACUACACUGACCAGUACAUAAACCACAGAGCUAUCCAGGUAUUUCCUGUUCCUGUUUUUACAGAGCUUAAUGUAAUUCCAUGUACUGCACUCUUUUACUGUUUUGCCUCCAUGAGGUGAAUACUGCAAGAAAAUUUUACAGAAUAUUUAAAUAUCUAAAUCAAAAAAAAAAAAAAUUGGGAGAACAGGGUUAACCAUAUACAAAAAGGAAGCAUCUCUGCACACUUUGAUUUGGAAGUCUUGCCAAGAAGCCUGUGAAGAAAGACAGUAUUUACCCAGAAAUACAGAAGAACUGACUUCCAACCUUCUGGAAACAGGCACCUGAAAUUUUACCAAGAAACUAUGGGCCUGUUAAUGCAGUUGACUAAACAGCUAUGGAAGCCACAGUAGGGAAACCCUUGAUUAUGUCUAAUUGCUCUCUACCCAAAAUACACAGAACUCUCAAUUCAGUGCUUUAAACUUAAAAGGAACUUAACUCCAUAAAACACGUAGCUGUUUUCACCGUUACCUUGGAAAAAUGAUUAAUGAACAGAAGUUUCUGACUUUUAACUUCUUAUAAGUAUGCUAUUUUAUACAGAAAAAAAUUGUCAUUAUUAAAAAAAUGCAUUAAAUACUCAAAUGUUUUAUCAUAACAUUAGUUAUUUGGACCAGGAUGUACUUCUGCACCUCGCUACAGCAAGAACCUGAACAGUUUGCACAAAUAGAAGUCAGACAGUUCUGAUGUUUAUUACCCACACUCCUCGUGCCAUUUACAACUAUCACAAGUAAGAAUGUUGACCAACUUCUUACUACCUACUUUAUUUAUUUUCAGUCAGUGUUGAUCAAGUAUCCCCUGGGUUUUUUUUAAGGAUUGCUAUAGAUUUAGUUAAGCUAAUUUCAUAAUAAAUAUGGAGAUUCACCUGUAAGAUCAAAUGAAAUAGCAGUUUAUUCAUUUAUCAUAUUCCAACUAUCUAGAAAGCAAUUGAUAAACAAUCAAACAAUCAUUUCACAACAGCAGCAUCUGAAUUUCCUGCCUUAAUUUUGCUUAUUAUAUCACAAUUAAUGCCCCUGAUAUCAAUCAGGGUUUGUUUUUUAAGAAAAACAGUAUUGAAGCAGCAUCAAAACAACACUAAAUAUUUUGUCCAAACAUUCAAAUCAAAGUAUUUUCCUGCUCAUGGCAGAGAAGUUAAAACCAUAUGAUCUUUAAUGCUCCAUUUCAAAGCUACCUUAUUGAUCAAGUGAAUAUAAGGACAGCUUGCCUAGUGAGACCAAUGGAUGCCCAACCUCAGUAUGCCACCUGUAACCACGGGCUAGCACGCAGUUCCACAGGACUAGCAUGAAAACAAAAGAAAAAACCUCACAAAACAUUUCAAAUCUCAGAACAGUUAUAAAUCAAAAAGACAGUAUCUUUUAGACACCUACAAGAAAUUUUCUUCCAUGCACUUAUCCAAACAAUUUCUGACCGAAGAAAAUGUUAGCAUUUACAACAGUCCCCUGCACAAAUGCCACUAAUGCUUGAAAAGCCAGGGGUUUUUUAAAAUACUUAGUUUUACUGUAUGCCCCCUAGUUGCUGAGAAACAGAUUGUGACCAACAAACUAACAAUCAUUCUAUAAUCCUCAAAACCACUUCUACUUGCAAUCUAUCAUCAAAACAAAUUAUUCACAAGCCAAAAGCAAGGCACAGUCUAUUAUGAAAAGAAUUGUUCCUCCAAGUUUAAGAGAGAAACAUUCCCAACAGUAUCCCCGUCCCUCCUUCAAACCUGUAAGACACUAAAACAAGGAACAUACAGGUAAGUAUUUCAGCUGUUGAUUCUUGCUACACUUUGGAAAUGCUGAAGUACAGCAUGACUGUAUAUACACUCUGAACUUGAUCUCAUUUUGUUCACGAUAUCAACACUUUUACAUAUGUUAUCUGAAGAUACAUUUCCUUUUUAAAGAACAUGCUGUAUAAAAUUCCUUCAAUGAGUCUGCUCCAUCAUCCCCAGCAAAAAGGGAAGUGGGGAGGCAUGCGAGUAAAAUCUGCAAUCUAUAGCUUUUGGUGGUUUGGGAUUUUUAAAUACCUGAAUAAAGAAUAUUAGAAAAUAUGCUUCCAUAAUGUCUCUAAAUAUUUUGGGAAAAAGCAUCUACAAAAGAGGGUAAACUAGGAACUUCAGUGGUGCGCCACCAGAGAUGUCAUUUUAUAGGACAGAAAAUGUAUUAACAGUCAUAGCAAUCUUUAUGCAUACCUAAGUUACUUGAGAGGCUGUAUAAUGUGUAAACCAAAAUUGCAGAUAUUUUGUUCUGAGUGUUUAUGUUUCUUAAUUAUUCUUUCUAUUCAUUAAAGCAUUUGGAAGCAGCACCUACUGGCAAUUCUCUCCCAACAUAUUCUUGUGUGGUUCUGAAGUAUCAGAGAAUAUUCAAUCUGGUUUUCAUCUAGUUCAGAAAAUCUGAAUAAACUGCACAAUUAAGACUUCUAUUACAGACAAGCAUUACCAGCCCACAAGCCCCAUAAGAGAGUGUAUCUCUCGACUGUGGAUCUCCCAAAGUUACAAGCUUUCCUAUGAUACUCCUUUUUUGACACAAUUUUAUCUUCCUUAAGAGUUUCUGUGCAUCUCCACAGUGUUUUCCCAUCCAAGCUUCUUCUUCUUUUAGGAUACUAUGGAGCCACUUACCACCUUGAACAACUAGUUAUUUCUAACAAAUACAUAACAUUCAAUAUGGGCUUGCUGUAACUCCUCUGAAGUGCAUCCAUGUCUUAGAAAAGACCAUUUAUCUCAGCAUAACAGCUGGUCGUUAUUGACCAACACCAAGGUCAUUAGACUGGCAAAUCAAAGUUACAUUGCUACAGUGAAAAUCUCUUAGUUCACUAAACAGUGAACAGAUCGUAUCCAUUACUUGCAGUGAACAGGACACUACACAAGGCCAGACAGCUUAUUUUCAACACAGUAACCAGUGAAAGCUUGAGAAGUCACUGCAGCAGCCAAUAUCACAAGGGAAAGGAAAGAAGUCUACUUUGUUUCAAGUACUGCACUCCUGAUAUUUGACAUUUCUGUACUUGAUACUGGUUUGCACACACAGAUUUGUCUAAUGAUUAUUCUGCUUCCCUUCUGCACACAAGCAGAACGGCAUGCAUCUGAGGAGUUGGAAAAACAGCAUAAAACUAUUAACAUUUUAGAUUCAAAGUCGGAUGCAAAUGCAGAUCUAAGUCUACCAGUACAAGACUUCAGAUCCAAAAGGCUUGAGACCCUCUGUCAGUCAUCACAGCCAUAAACCCCAACCCAACUAAGUAACAUAGGCUUUAUUUAUAAAAUUGCGUCCCAUAGGUGGAACAACAACAACCAAAAAAAAGUCAUUACAAGAGCCCAGAAAGAAUAAACUGUUACUGCAGAUCCUAUCUCCCUUCACCAUCACCCCUCUAUGCAAAGAGCACUCCUACUAGGGGUGCCAAUUCCUCCAGUCACUUGAACUACACAGGUAAAGAAAGGGGGUGGGUCAAUAAACCACACAAGAGGCCCAUUAAUUCACACACAGAUAAGAAAGUUUCUUCUUCUUCUUGGGAAUAAUAAAUUCUUCUGUUCAGAAGACAUAAAUAACAUCACACAUAUUGCUAAGUCAUUUGGCUUUUCACAUACUUUUUAUAAAGCAUCAUUAGCAAAGUUAUAAAGAACUUGCAAUGGCCAGCACUGAGAAGCACCAUUUAUAGAGUUUACUGUCAUCUUGAGAGAAUGAAGAAACAAGAAUGAAAUUACCUGCAUCAGGAGAGUUGCAGCUAAAUCAUCCAGCACCCACUUCCACAUAUAUUAUCUACUGCCAAGCUAUGGAAUUCUUGUUUUCCUUCCAACCCAGGAGGCCUCAAUCACCAAAAAAACUCACACUAGACAUAUGAUUAACAUUCUCAUUAGCUUCAAGGGACAAAACUGUUUGGGAUCCAAACUAUUAGUUUUACUGGCCACAAAAUAUGCUGUUACUUCACAAAUUAAUUUGCAGAACAAACAAAAAACCCUACAGACUUAGUAAACAUCUAUAUCCAAAAAAUAUUCACAACACAUUCCUGUAUCAGUCUUCACUAUUGUACAGCGUAAGACCUAAAAUCCAAGGGUAAUGUCCUCCCCCUCUUCUACCUGGGCUUCCAAAUUAUAAAAAACCAACCAAAGACACCUUUGUGCAUAGGCACUGUGCAGCAACUCUGCUCCCUCAGUCCCAUGACAUUUUGCACGUGUAUGUCAAUCAACACAUACAUAAUCAGCAUCAGAACUGCUACUGUACCUCCCCAGACAUGCCAAAGAAAUGGUAUGGCCAUGGACAACAAACAGCAACCACAAACAAAAAGCAGCAGAGGUGGCUAAGAAUGCAUCAGGGAGUCCAGAGGCCACGUGAGCUCAGAGGAGCACUUAAUCAGUCAGACACAACUUUCCAAGCCUCCGGAGUACUCUUCAUGUUAGGGUACAGCAGUACCUCGUUUUCAAGUAACAAGCCCAUACCUAAAACAAAUAUUUCAAGGUGGUUUUGUCUGGUAAUGAAUAACACUGUUAACUAAUUUAUAAACAUAAUGCUAUAUCAGUAAAAUGCCAGAGAAAACAGGAGAAACAGCAGACUGCUCUCCACUAAAAACACCCACCCAUGUUCACCAUGGAUUUUAAAUUCAGCCAUUGCACAAGGUUUAAAAUGGUAAGACUUACAGCAAGUGAAAGAAACAGUAAAACCUCUUCAAUAGUUUCUCUUGGUGGUUUUGGGUUUUAAUUCUUUCUUAACUAUAGUUGUAACAAAAAUAGUGCAAAAUACACGCUUAUUAUGAGCCAAAGAAUUCCUAAAGAAUUGCCCAAGCUCAGCCAUACUUCUUGGUUCUGAAAUCUGAAAGUAAAUGCCUCGCAAACGCCGGCUGCUGUCGCAGUGCAAUUUGAUGGAAUGUUACUUCAAGACCAUGAACAUUCACUCAGUACAAAAAUCACAAAAAAAAUUUCUGGAAGCAAUAAAGUCUGCUAAUAUUUUUUUACAUUUUUAUUAUGUACAUUUCUGUCCUAUAAAAAGAUAAUGGCUCCUGUGUGGAUACCUCACAUUCAGUGGAUUUCGCAAUCUGUUCAUAAACUGGUAAUAGUCUAUGUAAGAUUUUUUUUACUUGCAAAAAUAAUUAGCAAAAUUAUCCUAUUACUAAAAGCAAACAUUAGUGGCAAGAAACGUAUACUGCAACUCCAACACUUGCUCUCUAUCCUGAAAAGUUAUUCAAUUUCCGUUCCCGAGACGAAGCUGGUACUUUUGUGUAUACUGAAAUGGCCACACCGCAGACUUAUCGAUUCCUCGCUCUCCUGUGAUAUAAAAUCUCCAAAGAAGCGAGUCGAAAGAGAGAACAGAUUCGACCUCUCUCCAAUUGCAUGCCUAGCUAAGUCUUUUACUUACGAUUUACCUGAACUCCUUUUCCUCGUCUUGCCCUUGCUCGGGAGGCAGGGCCGCCUCCUCACUCCCUCUUUUCCCUCCAAAGCCAGAGCUCGCUGAGCUGCAGGGAGGCGUCAGUCCUCCCUCCCAGGCCCGGAGGCUCUUGCUGUCGGUAACCCGCACGGGGCCGAGGAGCCCCGGAGUCAUUGUGCUGCGGGAGCCGACCGCAGCUGUCAAGGCGCAGCGCAGCUCGCCCCGCCGGCGGGGAGGAGGGGGAGGAGGGUCACAGCCCAGCGCCGCGGCAGCGCCCGCCCGCCCGCCCUUCCCCGGCCGCGCUCGGGGCCCCGCUCCGCGGCUCCGGGCGAGCGGCCUGCGGGGCCGGGGCCGCUCCGGAGCCGGGCGGGCGCCAUGCUACAAACCAAAAUGGCUGCCCCGGGGAGGGAGCCCGGCUCGGGCCUCCGCCGGUACCGCUGCUCCGCCCGCCGGACCUCGCCCAGAGCCAAACUGGUGCUGCUUCAGAAGCCCUGGGUGGAGUAGACAAGCCGCGUGCACCACGGCAGCAGCAGUGACCAGCAUCCACGACUCUGCUGUCGGAGUGACGCAGCAGGAGUGUGUUCCUGGAGAGGCUUCACGUGCCUGGAGAAGAAAUACUUCUCCUGAUUCCUGCACCCAAAAUUGAAAUCUACCACUGAAAUCAACAAAAAAGAAAUGAUAAAAUUUUUUCUUAUGGUUAAUAAACAAGGUCAAACAAGACUGUCCAGGUAUUAUGAGCAUGUAGAAAUUAAUAAACGGACAAUGCUGGAAGCUGAAGUAAUCAAAAACUGUCUCUCCCGUUCAAAGGAUGAGUGCUCUUUUGUUGAGUAUAAGGACUUCAAGCUGGUGUACCGACAGUAUGCAGCCCUUUUCAUAGUUGUUGGCAUCGACCAGACAGAGAAUGAGAUGGCAGUAUAUGAACUAAUUCAUAAUUUUGUGGAAGUUUUGGACAAAUACUUCAGCAGAGUGAGUGAAUUAGAUAUCAUGUUCAAUUUGGACAGAGUGCACAUCAUUUUGGAUGAAAUGGUGCUAAAUGGUUGCAUUGUGGAAACGAACCGGAACAGAAUUCUCGCCCCUCUGUUUGUGCUUGACAAAGUGGCAGAAGGCUAGGAAGAUGCAAGAGUGACUAAGGCGUUUUACAAAAGAUGGCAAAAGCAUCAAGAAUGUGCCUAUCGCAGUUUCCUGCUGUUGCAAGACUGACUCAUGCAACAUGGAAAUUAGCUGGAAAAUAUUUUCCAUUUCUCUUAUACUCUGUGUACCCUAUAGGAAAGAUACAGCUAAACAUAUGGAUGCAUUCAGAUGCAGCUUCACUGACCCAGCAAAAAUCUUCCUAGAAUGGUCAAUAAUUAUAAAACAUUUUGAGGAUGAAAAAUGGAAACUUACCAUGACUGAUUAAGUAUCACUUUGAAUUAUGUAGUAUCAUGCCACACAAAGACAAAAUACAUAGAAAUUUCAAUUCAAACUGAGUUUCAGUCCUUCCCUUAAGCACCAGCUUGAUUUAUUCUCAUACAAAUUUACUGUUAAUAAUAGUUCUGUGACUUUCAUGCUUACUUUUAAACUAUAUUCAUCCUUCAUCAAAAAGCUGGUUUCCCUCCCUUUGCCAUUCAAGUCAUGGACACAAAAGAAAAGUACAGAUGUGUUAAGUAUUUCUGCAUACUCUGCGAGUUUUAACUGGAAUUAUUUAGCACUUAAAUAUUAUAAUAUUAAUAAAAGAUAAUUAAAAUCA